CUGCUCUGAGCUGAGCUGACACUUCUUGUGUUAAGGUGACAUUGGUGUGUGUGCACUGUCACUUGCGCAACGUUAUUUUAGGGUAGUAAGUGCCUUUACCCACCACCUUCAAAGAUGAGUGGCUCUGGGAAAAGCCUUAGUGCCUCACUGUCCCUUGAGGAGCUCAGUGUGGAUAUGAACCAGCCAGCAAGAAGAACUGGACAUGCCUCAACAAGCUCUUUCCAUUCCAGCCCCGGACCAAGCUCUCAACAAGCCACCAGGAUCAUCUACGAUGGAUCCAAUAACACCAUACCAAGAACUAAGAAAUCAGGCGGUUCAUCAGCAUCAGGGGGAGGAGGUGGAAGCCCCGGACGGACCUCCAGGGCCUCCCUGAGGAAGACGGUAUCCUCCCCCAUUGGACCAUUCCAUGGAAAUGAUGUUGUCGGUGCGAGACUUGCGAACUCCUCAGGAUUGGCGAUACAAAGAGUCAGCCAUCAUGUGAUUGAUGUUGAGGAAUCGGAUUCUGUUGUUACAUCUCGUAACCUUGGGCAGCCUGACAUUAAGGCUGCAUCAGGGUUAUCAUACACUCAGUCUAGAUUCCGCUGUGGUUGA